UGUGCGCGCCGCCGCUGAGGCGCAGCAUGUGAAGAGGCGGCGGCAUCCAGCGCGAGGCGAGCCUCUCCGCCGGCCGGGAUGGCUACGACGGCCGAGCUCUUCGAGGAGCCUUUUGUGGCAGAUGAGUAUAUUGAACGUCUUGUGUGGAGAACCCCAGGAGGAGGCUCUAGAGGGGGACCUGAAGCUUUUGAUCCUAAAAGAUUACUAGAAGAAUUUGUAAAUCAUAUUCAAGAACUCCAGAUAAUGGAUGAAAGGAUUCAAAGGAAAGUAGAGAAACUAGAGCAACAGUGUCAGAAAGAAGCCAAGGAAUUUGCCAAGAAAGUACAAGAGCUCCAGAAAAGCAAUCAGGUUGCCUUCCAACAUUUCCAAGAACUAGAUGAGCACAUCAGUUAUGUAGCAACCAAGGUCUGUCACCUUGGAGACCAGUUGGAGGGGGUAAACACACCCAGACAACGGGCAGUGGAGGCUCAGAAGUUGAUGAAAUACUUUAAUGAAUUUCUAGACGGAGAAUUGAAAUCUGAUGUUUUUACAAAUUCUGAAAAGAUAAAAGAGGCAGCAGACAUCAUUCAGAAGUUGCACCUAAUCGCCCAGGAGUUACCUUUUGAUAGAUUUUCAGAAGUAAAAUCCAAAAUUGCAAGUAAAUACCAUGAUUUAGAAUGCCAACUGAUUCAAGAGUUUACUAGUGCUCAAAGAAGAGGUGAAAUCUCCAGAAUGAGAGAAGUAGCAGCAGUUUUACUUCAUUUUAAGGGUUAUUCCCAUUGUGUUGAUGUUUAUAUAAAGCAGUGCCAGGAGGGUGCUUUCUUGAGGAAUGAUGUAUUUGAAGAUGCAGCAAUACUCUGUCAACGGGUGAACAAACAAGUUGGAGAUAUCUUCAGUAAUCCAGAAACAGUCCUGGCUAAACUUAUUCAAAAUGUAUUUGAAAUCAAACUACAGAGUUUUGUGAAAGACCAGUUAGAAGAAUGUAGGAAGUUCGAUGCAGAGCAGUAUCUCAAAAAUCUCUAUGAUUUAUACACAAGAACCACAAAUCUUUCCAGCAAGUUGAUGGAGUUUAAUUUAGGUACUGAUAAACAGACUUUCUUGUCUAAGCUUAUCAAAUCCAUUUUCGUUUCCUAUUUGGAGAACUAUAUUGAGGUGGAGACUGGAUAUUUGAAAAGCAGAAGUGCUAUGAUCCUGCAGCGCUAUUAUGAUUCAAAAAACCAUCAAAAGAGAUCCAUUGGCACAGGAGGUAUUCAAGAUUUGAAAGAGAGAAUUAGACAACGUACCAACUUACCACUGGGGCCAAGUAUUGAUACUCAUGGGGAAACUUUUCUAUCCCAAGAAGUGGUGGUUAAUCUUUUACAAGAAACCAAACAAGCCUUUGAAAGAUGUCAUAGGCUCUCUGAUCCUUCUGAUUUACCAAGGAAUGCCUUUAGAGUUUUUACCAUACUUGUGGAAUUUUUAUGUAUUGAGCAUAUCGAUUAUGCUUUGGAAACAGGACUUGCUGGAAUUCCCUCUUCAGAUUCUAGGAAUGCAAAUCUCUAUUUUUUGGAUGUUGUGCAACAAGCCAAUACUAUUUUUCAUCUUUUUGACAAGCAGUUUAAUGAUCACCUUAUGCCACUAAUAAGCUCUUCUCCUAAGUUAUCUGAAUGCCUUCAGAAGAAAAAAGAAAUAAUUGAACAAAUGGAGAUGAAACUGGAUACCGGCAUUGAUAGGACAUUAAAUUGCAUGAUUGGACAGAUGAAGCAUAUCUUGGCUGCAGAACAAAAGAAAACAGAUUUUAAGCCAGAAGAUGAAAACAAUGUUUUGAUUCAGUAUACUAAUGCCUGUGUUAAAGUCUGUGCUUAUGUAAGAAAACAAGUGGAGAAGAUUAAAAAUUCCAUGGAUGGGAAGAAUGUGGAUACAGUUUUGAUGGAACUUGGAGUACGAUUUCAUCGACUUAUUUAUGAGCAUCUUCAACAAUAUUCCUACAGUUGUAUGGGUGGCAUGUUAGCAAUUUGUGAUGUAGCCGAAUAUAGGAAGUGUGCCAAAGACUUCAAGAUUCCACUGGUAUUACAGCUUUUUGAUACUCUGCAUGCACUUUGCAAUCUUCUGGUUGUUGCCCCAGAUAACUUAAAGCAAGUCUGCUCAGGAGAACAACUUGCUAAUCUGGACAAGAACAUUCUUCACUCCUUUGUACAACUUCGUGCUGACUACAGAUCUGCCCGCCUUGCUCGACAUUUCAGCUGAGGUUGAAUUCACAAGGGAAAUGUGUUGUACGUCAGCAGGCCAUGGUUGAUAGAAAGCACAGGAGAUUUCUUAUGACACAGCCAACAUUUUAUGGAAAAAUGACUGUUUGGAAAAACAGCAGCCAUACUUACCCUUGAGAUUUUAUUUGAAAUUUGGACACUACUGGCCAUAUUUUGCUUUUUCCCCUUAAGUUGAAUUUUAGUUUCAUUCUUGAACUUAAAAAUUUCAAAUUCUGUGAAACUAUAUAUCACUGUUUUCAUCCUGGAAAAUCUUGGUGGCAGAAGGCAAAUGAGAUGUAAGCAGCAUUCCAGUUCAUGUUCUUUAACAUAUUCCACUGGGAAAUUUCACCAUCCUGUUUUGCAUUAAUAAUGGGUAAAAUACAGCAAAACUGCGUUUAUUAUUUAUCAAUUUUUCAUGACCUUUUCAGCACUGGCAAUUGUUAAUCAACUUAUUUUAGGUUUUCCUAGAGAACUUUUUGCCUCUUUCAAAAGGUUAACAAUUGAGCAUAUUUCUGUGGUUGGUUGAUUGGAUUUUUUUCUGAGGUACAACAAAAAUACUAUUCCAAGAAAAAUGUUAUAAACUAACUAAAAUGAUGAAAUAUUUUAAUGUAGAUAUUAGGAGUGGAUCAGAAUACAUCUGCUUUUUGGGUAAAAAGACUUGAGAAAGUUUACUAUUUCUUAUUUGGCAAACAGAUUUUAAGCCAAUGCUAGCAAGAAAUUAAUAAAACUACCUUAUUUUAUAUUGCACUUAAGAUAAGGUGGAGGACCUUAACUAAAGGACCAUAUUUAUUCAUUAUUUUAAUAAUACAAGGGAAAUAAAAAAGUGAGGUAUAGUCUAAAUGGUGCAUAUGAGAAAUAUUGGCAAUGUUUAGCAACAAUGCAGUCUUUUAAGAUUUCUGUCUUAAUGCUAAACUGGAAUAAAAUGGGAUGACUAAACACGCAGGUAGUCUUCUAUUUUAAGAGGAAUUGGGAAUUGAUAAAUACUGUAUGUUCUAAGUCUGGAGACGACCUUUGCAAAGACUACAUCCUUUUCAAAUCUAUAGUUUUUGCAUUAUGUUUUUCAAGGCAUUUCUGAAGCAGUUCUUACUGAAUGUAGUUAAAUGAAUUGGCUUAAUAUGGUGACAUAAUAAAUCACUUAUAAAAUUUUAAACAUCAAGUGGAAAUUUAGAAAGUCCAUUACUCUAUAAACUCUAUGAACUUGCUCUGAGAGAAUGCAUUCUUAACUAUAUGUAGUGUUUCAGCUUCCAUUGUGUUGUUCAGUCUUCUAGGAACAGAUAAACUUUAAUGUUGAACUCAUUAUUGGCAUUUUUUUCCUUAUUAAAGGUAGGCUUUUUGGCCUAAUUUUGGAAAACUACUUUUCUUUUAAGAAAAUGUUUCUGAAUGUUCAUCAGUUUUACCAAAAUUUCCAGGUCCAGAGCUAGCUGCUGUUUAAGUUACUGUUGACUGAAUUUUCUUCAUUUUCUGUUUAGCCCAGUGUUAUCAAGGUAAGCAAGAGAAAUGAAGUAUGCCAACUUUUAUCAAAGCAUUUUAGGAAGUUGUGGCAGCUUUAGAAGGCUGUCUGGUUUUCUAUUCCUUAGCCAAGGGAAAGCCGGAACAGGUUUUGGCUACUAGAGAAAGUCAUAUGCUUGUACUAUUGCCAUUUUAGAAAGCUCUGAUGUGAAUUCAAAUUAUACCUCUGUUACUUAAAGCCAACAAUUUUAAAGCAGUAGUUUUACUGGCCAUUUGAACUCUUUGUACAUAGUAUCAAUUUGUAAAAAAAGGGAAAAGAAAUCUCAAAUAAAAUAUGAGAGAACAUUUUAAGACUUGCAAAUCAGAAAAAUGCUUCAAAUUAUUUUGUUUGGAUUAAUUUUUAAAAUGUAAAGCAUAUACUUGUUGCUUAGAUAUUUUGUUUAUUAUUAUUUCCAUGCUUGAGUUCUGUGCAAUAUUUUCCAUUAUGUCCAUUGACAAGGCAGUGACAAAGAAAACUCAUAAAUGAAUACUUAAUUUAGAAAUGUUAACAUUAAUGCUCAAUAAACAAAUUCCCUGCAAUUGUUUUUUUAUUUCACUCCAUUUUUACUUUUAAAGGACAUCCAUACUGAAUC